AUGCCUCCGACACCUUCGCGCUCCACCCAGCGCGGAAGCGCUCGGCAGAGGCAGAGCUCCUCGCUCCUACCGCAGGCCGGACCAUCCGCAAGCACCAUCGCAGCAGCAUCGGGCGGACGGUCGUCGGCGCAGCCAGCAAAAGGAGCCAAGGUAACACAGACGCACGAUGCAGGAGCUGUGCCCUUCGUCCAUCCGGCACUCGCCCUGUCAUCCGGAGUUUUACCAUCUUCUUCCUCGACAACAGGCAUGCCUGCAGCAGCUGCAGCACAGAUCCGAGGUCGACGCCCCUUCAAUCAUCGCAACCUUUUCGCCCGCGACCUGCGCAACCUCAUGUAUGCGUAUGGAGAUUCGCCAAAUCCAGACCCAGACUCGGUGAUGCUCAUGGAGGAGAUGACAGUCGACUUUAUCACCGACCUCUGCUGCCGCGCUCGUCCGAGCCCCUACUCUCUCGGUCUGGGGACCAGCUCGAUAUCCAACAGCUCGAGUUCUUUCGGCGCUACACUCGAGCAACACGCAGCGGCUGCGCAGGAUCCUAACGCCCUCCUCAACGGAACCGAUGCUGUACCACAGACGCUACCACCACGAGCGCCGCAUCGACUCCGUGUCAAGCUGGAAGACUUUCGACAUGCGCUUCGCAAAGACGUCGAGGCCAAGAAGCUUGGCCGUAUGGAGCAGCUUCUGUACGCAGACAAGGUCGUCACCGAAGCGAGGCGUGUCGGAGGUGUUGAAGAGGCCGCCGAACGCGCAGGUGCCAUGCAGACGGACAACCUGCCUGCGCCCGCUGCGAACGCCGACGGACCUUCGCAAGAUGCCAAUUUGGAAGAUCUCGAUGUCGAUGAGGAUGAUUCGCACGAUGGAAAGCCUGCCAAAUCUGGUAAGGGCAAGUCCAAAGGCGGAGGCGGCGGAAAGGGCGGCGGAAAGGGCAAGGGAAAGCCCAAGGGUGGAGCGGCUGCUUCGAGAGCUGGAUCUGCCAGGUCUUCCGUUGCGCCUGCAUAG